AUCCUUCCACGAAGAUUCGUACUCACGCAGUCAUCAUAUAGUAAAAUUUCAUUUGUUUUCAAAUUUUAUUACAUUUUUGUUUUUAGUUUAUGGUACUUUUGUUUCCCCCAUACUUAUAAUGUUUCAUUUCACUUGAACACAAAAACCAUCGUAGAAUCAAACAACUAACCAACUUCAUGCUAUGGAUCCGAAUUUUGUCGGAUUCGAAACAACCUACAAAUUCGAUGACCAUGGUAACUUAAUCCUUCUCUCUGAUCCAAAUCCAAACCUUGACGAUUUCACCAUCACCAACCCUUAUGUGGGCCCAUCCAAUUCGGAGCCACUAGUUUUUUCUUCUGAUACAACCAAAGAUUCUACCUUUGAAGAUGCUGAUUUUUCAGAAACAGUGAAAUAUAUAAGCCAGAUUUUAAUGGAAGAAGAAUUUGAACAAAAACCAUGUAUGUGUUAUGACCCACUUAGUCUUCAACAUACUGAGAAAAUUUUCUUUGAUGCUUUGGAAUCAAAUUUGCCUCUUUCACCUAAUCAACACCCUCUUGAUGUUCUUGAGAUUCCUAAUAGCACUUGUUGUGUUACUACUGAUUCUGGUAAUAGUUCUAGUUCUAAUGAGUUAAAGCCUCUUUCACCUGAUACACCAGUUUCUGGUGGUGAUUCUGGUUUUAAUUCAGUGAAGUCUCAAUUUAUUGUUCCAAAUCAUGGUUUGAAUUUGAGUAAUAGUAAUAUUAGUGAUGGUGUUUUUGAUUUGGAUUCUUCUGAGACUAGGGUUAUGGCUCAAAAUAUUUUUAGUGAUGCUGAUUCUAUUUUGCAGUUUAGAAAAGGGUUAGAGGAAGCUAGCAAGUUUCUUCCACAAAAAGCUCAGCUUUUUACUGGUUUUCAGAAUGCUAGUGAUAGUUUAGUGUCUCAUGAGCCUAAGGGUAGGGUUGGAGUGAUCAAGAUGGAGGGUGGUGUUAGGGAGAACUCGAAUUCGAGUUAUUCGAGUUCAAAUUUGAAUUCGGGUUAUUCGAGUUCAAAUUCGAAUUCACAUGGUUUGUUGAAGAGUAGAAAGAAUCACGAGCGUCAAGAAAGUGACGAUGAAGAAGGAAGAAUUAACAAGCAGUCUGCGGUUUCCGUUGAGGAGAGUGAAAUAUCUGAUAUGUUUGAUAGAGUUUUACUUAGUGUUGAAAAUGUGCCGUUGUGUGCUGAACAAAAGGAUGGAUCCAUGGUGGAGAGUAGAACACAGGUUGGUGAACUUGAUGGAGGGAAGAUGCGUUCGAAGAAACAAGGGAGGAAGAGGGAUGCUGUGGAUUUGAGGACCCUUUUGGUUCUGUGUGCACAAGCUGUAUCUGCUAAUGACAAUAGGACUGCUAAUGAAUUGUUGAAGCAGAUUAGGAACCAUUCUUCUCCUUCAGGUGAUGCAUCACAGAGAAUGGCUCAUUACUUUGCGAAUGCGAUUGAAGCGCGCAUGGUUGGUGCUGGUACCGGUACACAAAUAUUAUAUAUGAGCCAAAAGAUGUUUAGUGCUGCUGAUUUCUUGAAAGCUUACCAAGUUUUUAUCUCUGCUUGCCCUUUCAAAAAAUUUGCGCAUUUCUUUGCAAAUAAAAUGAUAUUGAAAACAGCUGAAAAGGCAGAAACCCUUCACAUUAUUGAUUUUGGUAUCUUAUAUGGUUUCCAGUGGCCAAUUCUUAUUAAGUUUUUGUCAAAAGUAGAGGGUGGACCACCCAAGUUGAGGAUCACAGGAAUCGAGUAUCCCCAAGCUGGCUUUCGACCGGCAGAGAGAAUCGAGGAAACUGGCCGGCGUUUAGCUAACUAUUGUGAACGUUUCAAUGUUUCCUUCGAAUACAAGGCCAUACCAUCACGAAAUUGGGAAACCAUUCAAAUUGAAGACCUUAAUAUUAAGAGCAAUGAGGUAGUGGCUGUGAACUGUUUGGUAAGGUUUAAGAAUUUACAUGAUGAGACAAUCGACGUGAACAGUCCUAAAGAUGCAGUUCUGAAGUUAAUCAGGAAGAUAAAUCCGCACAUAUUUGUUCAAUCCAUAGUAAAUGGGUCUUAUAAUGCCCCUUUCUUUUCCACACGCUUCAAGGAGUCACUUUUCCAUUAUUCUGCAAUGUUUGAUAUGUAUGAUACUCUCAUAUCCCGUGAAAAUGAAUGGAGGUCGAUGAUUGAGAGAGAGUUUUUGGGCCGGGAGAUUAUGAAUGUUGUAGCAUGUGAAGGUUUUGAGAGGGUUGAGAGGCCCGAGACAUACAAACAGUGGCAGGUUAGGAAUCUAAGGGCUGGCUUUAGGCAACUCCCACUGGAUAAGGAGGUAAUGGUCAGAUUUAGAGAUAAGCUAAGAGAAUGGUACCAUAAAGAUUUUGUCUUUGAUGAAGAUAACAACUGGAUGCUUCAAGGUUGGAAAGGCCGAAUUAUGUAUGCUUCGGCUGGUUGGGUGCCAGCAUAAUGAUAUGUUACUGAAUUCUUACAAACUUGUCUGAUUGGGUUGAAGGUUCAGGUACGACUGCUGUGCCUUAUUUUCUUAACCUUCAGUUGCACAAUGAAUGUUCUUCCCAGCUUUGCAACAAGUAACUCUGUACAAUUGUAGCAGAAUUUCUUCCCGGAUAGAGUAGUAGUGUCCUUUUAGGCUGUUAGCAAUUUAGCAUACCUGUCUUAAUAUUAGCAAUCAAAACGUUUUUUGUUAAUAUUCUUUCCCUCUCUUACCAACAUGCCUAUAAACAAGUUGGUGAAAGGAUUUUGUAGCAUAUCUCUGGUUGAAAUGAACCAUGUACUAAGUUGACAAGUUUGUUUAAUUUGAAAUUGCUUCUUGUUUCUGUCUUUGAAAUUUUAUUUUUGCACAACGUGUAUGAAGCUCUCAGAUUUUCAGCUUUA